AUGACUGAAAUCACAAAAUUCGAGCAAUUUGGAAUCAAUACGUUUUAUAAUGGAAUCCCGAUACUGGAUAAUGCCAGCGAUUGGUUUAGGUGGAAUCAGAAGGUCAAUGAGUUCAUUCGGAUAUCUGCGGUUGCCGACGAUGGAGCGACUCCACCGACAGAAGAAGAAGAAGCACAGCAAUGGAUCCACCGUCAAAAGUUCUAUUCUGCGAUGAUCACGGCAAAGCUGACACACAAUGCGGCACAAAGGAUCAAUGCCUUUGAGAUGCCUCGAGUUCAAGUACUGCUUCAGGCAGUCAAGGACAACUUCAAACCAGAAGGCUCAGGCACGUAUGUUAACCUCCAACGGCGAUACAUGGCCCUUACAAGAGACAAUUGUGGGAGCACUCAAGCCCUCGGGGCAGAGAUCAGGAAAAACUCCUCCUUGACCCUGAUUGCGUAA